AUGGACGGGAGGCUGCACAGCGGGAUGGAGAAGCCACUGAAGGGCCAGCGCGUGGUGGCGGGCAACCUCAAGGGCCGCACCGCGAAGGAGGAGGUGCGCAGGACCGUCCUCGAGCUCGGCGGGGAGUUCCUCGCGGAAGCCACGACGAACUCCGCGCCCACGGUGCUCAUCGCGGAGAACACAACGUCGGAAAAGUACAUGAUGUUCAGCGAGCGAGGCGUGCCGUGCGUGCACCAGACCUGGCUCGAAGAGAGCAGGGGCCUCGGGCGGCCCGCUCCUUUCGAGUCUCAUCGCAUCAAAUGCUUCGAAGGCGUCAAGAUCUCGUGCACAGGGUUCCAGGGCCGCGCGCGCUACACAAUCGAGCAUUCUGUUCCACAAGAGGGCGGAAUCUACGCCUCCAACCUAGACGGCACCUGCACGCACCUGGUGUGCGCCGGCCCGAGCGGCGCGAAGUGGGAGGCCGCCGUCAAGUGGCAGAAGCAGAACGUCCGCAUCCACAUCGUCACGCGCGACUGGCUUGAAGCAUGUGUUCGCGAAGGGCGGCGCGUGGACGAACGCAGGUACCCCGUGCGCACCACGGGCGAAGCGGCGCGCGCGGAGCGCGCGCAGACGCUCCAGCAGCGCGUCGCCGCCGCGGCGGGCGCGUCGCUGCAGCACUCCCGCGACGGCGCCUCCCUGGCGACGUCGUCGCUGCCCGGGGGCGGUCCCGCGAGCCUGGACAACGGCGCGCGCGCGGUCGCGGCGAGCGACGCGCGCCCGGGCCCGCCCUCGCACACCACGAGCGCCCCGGACGUCCGCCCGCCCCCGCAAACGGCGACAGCGCCGUCGUUCGCCCUCGGCCACGCCACGCUGUGGGCGGCGGGACUCUCGCAGCCGGAGCUGCGCGACCUGGCGGACUUCAUCGGCAAGACGGGGGCGCGGCGGCUCCUGAUCCCGGACGACCGCGUCACGCACGCCGUCCUGGGCCCGUUGCUGACGGAGCGGGAGCGCCGCGAGGUGGGGAGGCUGCGUGACGUCGCGGGCCCGCGCUUGGAGUUGGUGAAGCUGGAGUGGAUGGCGAUGUGCGCGGCGCUCGGGGAGGUCGUGCCGCUCCAGGGCCCGGACGGGCGGCCGGACCCGCGGUACACGGUGUCGCCGGCGGCGCUCGGGGUACGCGCGGGCGGCGCGACGCUUGCGACCGAGCCGCGGCGGGCGGAGGCCGUCGACGCGGCGCCCGCGCGCGACGGCCCGCUCGCGGGCGCGGUGUUCGACCUGUCGCCGCUCGGGGCGCUCGACGAGCAGGCGUCCCGCGUGAUGGACAUCGCAGUGGAGCUCGUGAGGCGCGGCGGGGGCGUUUUGCUGCACGACGCCCUCGCGGCGCCCGGCGGCGCGCGCGGGGCGUCGUACUACGCGGUCUGCCCCGAGGUCAUGGCGCCCGCGCAGCGCGAGGCGCUCAAGCACGCCGCCGGGGCGCAGAGCGGCCUGCGCAUUGCGGGCAUUGGCAACACAUUCUGGCUCAAGUUCUGCGUCAAGCACGCGCUCAAGCUGGUCGACCCCGCGCGCUGCGUGGCGUUCCAGCCGCUCUCGCGGCCCCCGCCGCUCCCGGGCUUCCCUGACGUCAAGGCGUGCGUGUCAGGAUACCCCGAGCCAGAACGGCAGAUUGCGUGGUACCUGACGACGCUCCUGGGGGGGUCUUUCUCGGAGCAGAUGUCGCGGUCGACGACGCACCUGAUCGUCGAGCAGCCGAAGGGGCCCAAGUACGACGCGUGCCCGCGCUUCCAAUCUGAGCCCGUCACGUUGAAGUGGCUAUAUCGAGCCGUGACGGAUUGGCGUCUGCCGGACCCGCGGGGUUACCGCCCAGGCGCGGAGGCGGGCGUCGUGCCGGCGCACUCGUCCGAGCCGCAGCCGUCGCAGGCCGGCUCGAAGCUUCAGUUGCAGCCGGCGGUGCGCGCGGCCGCCGCGAUGUCGCAGCCGAGCGCGCCCGCGGCGUCGCAGCGGGCAGGGGCGCCGGACGCGAAGCGCAAGGGCGGCGCGCAGAAGCGCGGGACGAAGCCCACGGCGAACGUGACGGCGCUGCGCCCGACGGUGCCGCUGGCGUCGAUGGCGAACGUCGCACCCCCCGCGCCGUCCGCGAUGCCGGCGCCGCCGCCGCGCAGCGCGGCCGGCAGCGGGAGGAGCGGGGGCUCGGAGGGCGCGGCCGCGCGCGGCCGGGCCGCUGUGUCGGAGAUGGGCGGCAAUCAGUUGACGGACCAACUGGACAAACUGACUGCGGCUCUGGAGAACACGAACCAGGCGAAGCGGCCCGCGCCGCCGCUGGAUACGUCGGGGUCGGGCUCGCGCGGGGGCUCCGCGCGGGAGGCGAAGCGGCGGCGCGCGCUCGCGGCGCCACGUCCGGAUGACGCGGACCUCCCGGGCGGAGUGAUGAUGUCGCAGCAGGUGGUGUACGCCGAGAACGACUCGCGCGGCGGCGACAGCGGGGACGGCUUCGGCGGCGGCGCCCGCGGCCGCGCUGGGGCGCGCGACCUCCUGAAACGCGGCCUCGCCGCCAACGCCGACAACGGUGCGAGCAACCCGGCGAAGUCGCCCAAGGCCGCGGACGUGCUCACAGACCUAGGUCUGGCGUGA